AUGCCACACCCACGCACACUGCCACAAGCAAGUGCCACACUUACAGCCACAGAGACUGCCUCACAUACAGCCACGCACACUGCCACACUUACAGCCAGAGACUCUGCCACACUUACAGCCACAGACACUGCCUCAUCCACAGAGACUGCCUCACGUACAACCACGCACACUUCCACACUUACAGCCAGAGACUCUGCCACACUUACAGCCACAGACACUGCCUCACCCACAGACACUGCCACACGUACAGCCACGCACACUUCCACACGUACUGCCACGCACACUGCCACACCCACGCACACUGCCACACGUACAGCCACAGACACUUCUUCACGUACAACCACGCACACUGCCACACGUAUAGCCAUGCGCUUUGCCACACGUACAGCCACGCGCUCUGCCACACGUACAACCACAGACACUGCCUCACCCACGCACACUGCCACACUUACAGCCAGAGACUCUGCCACACUUACAGCCACAGACACUGCCUCAUCCAGAGACUCUGCCACACUUACAGCCACAGACACUGCCUCACCCACGCACACUGUCACACGAAAAGCCACAGACACUGCCACACUUACAGCCACAGACACUGCCUUACCCACGCACACUCCCACACGUACUGCCACACGUACAACCACGCACACUGCCACACCCACGCACACUGCCACACGUAUAGCCACGCGCUCUGCCACACGUACAGCCACGCGCUCUGCCACACUUACAGCCACAGACACUGCCUCACGUACAGCCAUGCACACUGCCCCACUUACAGCCACGCACACUGCCCCACGUACAGCCACGCACAAUGCCACAUCCACGCACACUGCCACACUUACAGCCACAGACACUUCUUCACGUACAACCACGCACACUGCCACACGUAUAGCCAUGCGCUUUGCCACACGUACAGCCACGCGCUCUGCCACACGUACAACCACAGACACUGCCUCACCCACAGACACUGCCUCACGUAUAGACACGCACACUGCCAUAAUUACAGCCACGCACACUGGCACACGUACAGCCAUGCAAACUGCCACACGUACAGCCACAGACACUCUCACACUUACAGCCACGCACACUGCCACACGUACAGCCAUGCACAAUGCCACACGUACAGCCACGCACACUGCCACACGUACAGCUAAACCGACAGCCACGCACACAGUCACACUUGAAAUUGACGAGGUGCCGUCGAACCACAAUGAACAGGAAGGAAUUUUCCAGCAAGAGGACUGA